UGCUAAAAGAGCAGUAACUCUUGUGCAGAGUGUCAAACAGAUGAAGUUUGAGGGGGAUGACACGAAGGAGGGGUUUAAACCUGUAGAGAAGCUUGAAGUUGUGGAAUGUGACUUGGAGAAGCCAGAUCAGAUAAGGCCAGCCUUAGCCAAUGCUUCUGUGGUUAUAUGCUGCAUUGGGGCAAGCGAAAAGGAAGUUUUUGAUGUGACGGACCCAUACAGAAUUGACUAUAUGGCUACGAAGAACCUCAUUGAUGCAGCAACUUCGGCCAAAGUUAACCACUUCAUCACGGUUUCAUCUUUGGGAACAAACAAGGUCGGAUUUCCUGCAGCUAUACUGAAGUAA